AUGUCUUUAGCACCUGUACAAAUAUUUCAGGAUGAAGCCACCGAAGAACGCGCAGAAAACGCGCGAUUGUCAUCAUUCGUUGGUGCUAUAGCAGUUGGAGAUUUAGUUAAAAGUACAUUAGGUCCAAAGGGAAUGGAUAAAAUUCUUCAAUCUAUGAGUAAAGGGGAUAUAAUGGUAACAAACGAUGGAGCAACUAUUCUUAAAAGUAUUGCUCUCGAUAAUGCAGCUGCCAAAGUGCUUGUCAAUAUAUCUAAAGUUCAAGAUGAUGAAGUUGGCGAUGGGACAACUUCUGUUUGCGUGCUUGCAGCCGAAUUAUUACGUGAAGCGGAAAAACUUGUGAGCCAAAAAAUUCAUCCACAAACCAUUAUUGAAGGUUAUCGUAUUGCCAGUACAUCAGCAUUUAAAGCAUUAGAAGCUUCUUCUAUUGAUAAUGGAAAUGAUCCAGAAGCAUUUCGCAAAGAUUUAUUUAAUAUUGCACGCACAACAUUGAGUUCUAAAGUUCUAUCACAAGACAAAGAAUAUUUUGCUAAACUUGCUGUUGAUGCUGUAUUGAGGCUUAAAGGUAGCACAAACCUUGAGAAUAUCCAAAUCAUUAAAAAAGUUGGUGGAAAACUUACAGACUCUUAUCUUGAUGAGGGUUUCAUUUUAGAUAAAAAGAUUGGUGUCAAUCAACCAAAGAGAAUCGAAAAAGCGAAAAUUUUAGUUGCAAAUACACCAAUGGACACUGAUAAAAUCAAAGUAUUUGGUGCACGAGUAAAAGUGGAUUCCACCGGGAAAUUGGCCGAAUUAGAAAGAGCCGAGAAGGAUAAAAUGAAGGAAAAAGUGGAAAAAAUUAAAGCCCAUGGAAUUAAUUGUUUCGUUAACCGACAAUUGAUCUACAAUUGGCCUGAGCAACUCUUUGCAGAUGCUAAUAUCAUGUCAAUAGAACACGCCGAUUUUGACGGUAUUGAACGAUUAGCCUUGGUGACUGGUGGCGAGAUCGCCUCUACAUUCGAUCAUCCUGAACUCGUAAAGCUAGGAUAUUGUGAUCUUAUAGAAGAGGUUAUCAUUGGUGAAGAUAAGUUAAUUAAAUUUUCUGGGGUCGCUGCGGGUGAAGCUUGCACAAUCGUUUUGCGCGGUGCUACACAUCAACUUCUGGAUGAGUCUGAACGAUCUUUGCACGAUGCUUUGAGUGUCUUAACACAAACAGUCAAGGAAACACGUACAGUACUUGGUGGAGGUUGUGCGGAAAUUCUCAUGUCAAAAGCAGUUGAUGAAGCAGCCGCAAAAACAGCGGGCAAAAAAGCAAUUGCUAUUGAAUCGUUUGCUAAAGCCUUGAGACAGAUUCCAACGAUUUUGGCUGAUAACGCGGGAUAUGACAGUGCAGAUCUUGUUGCUAGAUUGCGAGCAGCCCAUUAUGACGGGAAAUCAACAUAUGGAUUAGAUAUGAGAGAAAUUGGAGUUACCGAAUCAUAUAAACUAAAACGUCAAGUAUUAAUUAGUGCUUCAGAAGCAGCUGAAAUGAUUUUACGUGUUGAUGAUAUAAUUCGAUGUGCACCGAGGAAACGAGAAGGACAAUAA